CCCUACAUGAUGAACGUCAUCACACUACCUCUAGUCAGUGGACAACGUCGAACCAGGACCAGUGUCAAUCAUCGAAGUUCGCAGAUGCAUAUCAUGAUCGGUUCAAUCAUGACGUCAGAAGUGAUCCAUAGAACGAGGUUGCCGAUAGGCUGUAAAUGAGAAGAUUUCGAGCCGCAUUUACUGCCUGUGCAGACUUCUCGGUCGCCAAGGCCGCAUCGGCAUUUAUGAAACUACUAUUUCAUAACUGCUUUUAGACCCCCGAAUCCUCCCCCCUCUUUUCUCCAGUGAUACCACACGCACCCAUGUCGACCACUAUCACCCCAGAGGAAAUCCAAGCUCUGGACCUAUACCAGGUGACAGCUCCAAAAAUCAAAUACAUCAGCAUUGCUGCUUUGACGCUCCUUACGUGGGACCUUGUCCUAACUUUUCCUCAAGAGGUUAAAUUAUGGAACACCAGAUGGACGCUUGCAAAGGUUCUGUUUUUCGUGAAUCGAUACUUCGCGCUUGGAACAGCUAUCUUAAUGACAUUCUGUUCUGUAAAUGCGUUCUUUGCCAUCAUCGCAUUGUUGCUAGUAGCGAAUAUUCAAAUGAUUCUCCAACAUCGAAUAUAUGCACUGUACGCAUAUGACAAAAGAAUCGUCGUUCCUGUGUCGAUGCUGUUCAUCGCGAUCUUCAGCACUAUGAUGGUGAUGGCAGUGGUUGUAUACCUGUAUGAGAAGGAUCACGAAGCUCAGAUCUUUGGCGCAUGCUGUUUACUUGGAUCUAUGGAGUGGUUAUAUCUCUUUUGGGUACCCAUGAUGGGCUUGGAACUUGUUCUUGUCGUGUUGGCAGGCCACAAAUCUCUUCAGCACUAUUUCCAGGUACCAGAUAAGACCUGGUCUGGUGCACGUCUUAUGCGUACCUUUGCGCGAGACUCAGUCCUUUAUUUUCUUUGCAACUUUUUGAUAUAUCUGUUCAGUACAUUGCUAGGCAAAUUCGGUCCUUCUGUGUAUUAUCAACUUGGCGCGAUCACGAUUUCAGUUGUCCCACCUAUAUCGGCGAACCGUCUCCUCAUCAACAUGUAUAACUUUGCACACGACGAGCAGCCCACUUGGACGAUAGUUUCGGAAGCUAAAGCUUCGCUGCAAUUGGUGAAAGACACAUCGAGGUCUGUUUUUCGUGCACAUCCGCCGAAGUUAUUUGACAAUGACAUGGUACCCAGAGUACACCACGAGGACAUGGAGCUUACAUUCGUGAGGACGAAGGGUUCUGAGUAUGUGGAUGCAUCAUCGUUUGAAUGAUAUGUGCAUGAGACUUUGUACUAUAUGGUUUUUUUAUGAGUUCGUGCCUAAAUAACACUUCCAGAAGGUAUCCGUUCGGGUCCCCUGGUUCUUCCACAUGAGCCCAAUAGAGCGCCGCCGUCGUCGCUUUCAUGCUAUAUAUCGUCGUCAAAUCGUAUUUGGCCGUCCUGUAGCCCGCUCGGGUGUGACAGGAGUAUCCUGCAGGGAUACUGCCACUGUGAAGCAUCAAGAAAACCAGCUGAUCAAUAUGCACCAUGCAUACAGCGAUUAAUCUGCUGUUCUGCAAGUGCAAACGUAGCCGCGGCAACAUGUACUAGUACACUAAACGUACCCACAGUUUCUGUCACCACUUUUAUUAGACGGAACGACUGUUUCCCUUCUUCUAAAAGUCUGGCUCGGGGAGAUCGUUUAUCAGUGAACCUGCACAACAGUUUGGUCCGAUCAAAAAUUCUGUGAGGAACUACCAGUAAAUAUUGUUCUAAAAUUAAUGGCGAG